CUGGAGCAGCGCGGUGAGGCUGGUGGACAGUACAGCACUCACGGUGGCCGCCAGCCAUCCACCUUCGUUAUUUGGCGACUAGCGCUCGUCCACCACGGGCCUCAGGUGCUGCGCACACCCGCGGGGAAACUAACCACGCAGCCAACAGGACGCCGAGAGAAAGAAAGAGAGAGAGUGGCCGUAAAGCAGCGUGGCUCUCGCCUUGUGGAAAACAGUGCCGGCAGGAGAUAGAAAGUUUCUUGGUGCAGUGAACUGGCGCCAGUGUCACCGUGGAGCUUCAGCCACGCACCUCUUGUGUAACAUCCAGGAAGUGGCCUUGUGUCUGCCUGACCCUGACCUUGGCGGGUCGUGCUAACACGCUGGGAGAAAGGAACAUUGACCCCCUGCCAGUGACUGGGCAACAUGUGGCCAUAGCGCUCCUCGAGGACAACACAGACUGGCUGGGACAGCCAGCCACUCAACACCUUCUCCCCCGUUCGUCAGUGCGCGUCAUUCUGUGUUGCUGCACCACUAUGGGGACAGACUUACUUGAAACGACUUGACACUCCCCACUACAAUUCUGAUAGUUUGUGAUUGAGAAAAUUGUGAGGUAAAGACUGAAAGACUAUUCGUGAUGUCAGUUCACGCUGGGGAAUACUGGUUAGAUCGAGGCUUGUGUCCGCAAUAUUACACACUCGGAGAAUUCAACUACCAAACUGGAAGUGAUCCCGGCCUGUCGCCUAAGCUGGAGAGGGCGGCUGAGCCUUAUCCAGUAGAGACACAACACCCGUCACACGAUCUUCUGCACGGCUGUGUGGACGGUGGAGGCAGUGAUGGCUACCACAGCUCCACUCCCGAUGACCUGGCCUCGGAGUGCUCUCCUGGUUCUGAAGCUCCAGGUCAAGGACUCAACAAGGAACACAAGACAGACUUGGUGAAUGAGGCUUACCCCAACCUGGAGUAUUACCAAGCAGCUUACCCCGCCACUACCGACCUCAGCAGCCUCAACCCCCCCUACACCUACAACAAUUGCAUCUCUGCACCACCGCCCAACUGGGCCUCCCUUCAGGUGACGGCCGUCGAGACAGACCCUAAUCAUCCGGUGGAACACUUUAUUCCUCCAGAAACUUCACCAUCUCUGGUGACUCACUACAAACCGCUUAGGAUCCGUCGUCGUCCCCCUAAAGUCGUCGGGAACGAAACCUUGCGCAAAAGAAGACUUGCAGCCAAUGCAAGGGAGAGACGACGAAUGAAUGGGCUGAAUGACGCCUUCGAGAAACUGAGAGAGGUCGUGCCUGCGCUUGGAAAUGAUAGAAAGCUUUCUAAGUUCGAGACUCUGCAGAUGGCACAGACCUACAUCACCGCCUUAGCGGAGCUGCUGAGACGAGCAGAUGCCGAGGCAGCCGCUGUCCGGGCAGAGAGUGCUCGAGAGGUGUGCUAAACUGCUUUCCCGAGGUUGCCGAGCGAGUGCCCGAUGCGCCACAUCAAGAUGAUUGUUACAUUUUUUUGCUUUCGUUUUUUGUGAUGCUCAAGUUGACUGCUACUAUAAAGGCGAGUGACUGAAACCAAUCCGGCACCAUUUUACUAAUCAAUAAAUGUUUGUUUUAUUCAUCGAAACAAACGAGUUACUUAAAAUGAGAACUUAAAAAAUCUUAAUGAGUUUGAAUUACAUUUCAAACGUGACUCAGUGCUUCAAAGUAGUGUGUGUCUGCAACUGCGUGUCACCGGAGUGCAAAGCGUUUGAGGACAGCUGGAGACGAAAUCACUGUUGGUGUGUCCUCAGGAACGAAUAGAAUACUGACACGUGUUAUUAGUCUCUUCAAGUACACAUUUGGAUGUAAUUACCAGUAAGAAGUGUUAUAUUAUAGUAUGGUUUAUAUAAUAUUGUUACUUUAUUAUUUGCGUUCCAGCAAAGAGAAAUGUGUGUGUGUGUAUGUGUGUGUGUGUGUGUGUGUGUGUGUGUGUGUGUGUGUGUGUGUGUGUGUGUGUGUGUGUGUGUGUGUGUGUGUGUGUGUGUGUGUGUGUGUGUCAAGAAGUCUUGCAGCAGUAUUACCCCAAACGGCCUGACAGCCGCAGGCCGCUGUUACCUGGACAGGGGAGGGGAGGUGCCCGGUAGCCGGUGCCUUCCGCCUGGCAUCCAGGCCGCGCCACGCUGCCUUGGCCACUCAAGCCACCGAACUCAAGUCAAUGCAUCACAUUUUGUAUACAUACAGAUUUUUAUGUAGAUACUAAUUCAGUUAAUUAAGAAUCUGUUCGCCUCUUAUUAAUAAUAGUAUUUUGUUAAUUUUUUUGUGUUAGAAUUGUUACUGAGAAUGUUUUAUUGUUGAUAGUGAGGGGCAGGUGAGCCGUCACAGCCGCUGCCAUUGUGAUAUAGAACACGCUAUUUAUUUUCGUUAAAUAUUUUUGUAUAUAUGAAUAACACAGAGAUAUGUAUCACGUCCGGAAAUUACGCCAAAAACUAUUUCUGUUCGUUGAUUUUUAUAUGAAUAUUAAAAUUAUUCUAAAUGUAAAUA